ACGGGCGCUAAACUAAUGGAUUUCAUCAGCAUUUCAAAAUCCGUCUCGCCAUCUUCUUCCCUGCGAAACCCCACUCCGCCGGCGGCCCGCAUCGCCGCGUCCGCCAUUCCCACCCUCCCCCUCCCUUUCCCCGAACAACCAGACCCCACUUGCACCGUGGCGGCAUCAGCAUUCUCUCCUCCGCAAGUCAAGUCUUCUCAAAAAACCCCAAUCCAACCACCGGCCAGGGCGGAAACCGUCGCACUUUAUUUAUACCCGGUCACGCGCUCCACCACGGCGACCCCGACGGCUCCCCCCUCCCCUCCGCCCGCUCCUAGCUCUAAGCGCCGCCGGAAGACUGACCCCGCCGCCGGAGCCACGGGGAACUCGCCGCUGCGCGGCGGCGGGAGAGGCGGCUCGCCGGCCUCCUCCGCCCCGCGCCGCUCUUCGCCUGGGCUUACAGGGCCGCAGGGAGGGUUUGACCCGCUCGACCCCAACGCGGAUCCGCCGGCCUGGGUCCUGAUGCCGGGUCAGGUGAAGCACUGCAAGACGGCGCUCAAGGUGCUCGACAAAAAGCUCAAGAAGCCGGCCGCAAUAUUCGACGACUUUAGAGGCCUUCCGGCCAUAAGAACAUCGCUCCAGUCGGCUCAGAAGUUUACUGUGGCUCGAAGUCCUGCUAAUAGGGAAAGGAACCGCUACACUGAUGUCUUGGCAUUUGAUGAAACCAGGAUAAAGCUGCAGUCCUCAACAGGCAAUCAGACUUCAAGUAACGAUUACAUCAAUGCAAGCCUUAUAAAGUAUGAUGACAAAGAUCAGACAAAGUUCAUUUCUACUCAAGGUCCGCUAGUCAAUACAUUCGAAGAUUUUUGGCAGAUGGUCUUUGAGAACAGCUGUCCUGUAAUUGUCAUGCUCACUAAAUUUGACAUUGUGAAGUGUGAUGAGUAUCUUCCACUGAGCAAGGGGCAAGGAGACUAUGGAAGAUUGAACAUUAAAAUCAUGGAGACCAGACAAGAUGGGGAAUUAACAUUGCGCAGUGUGAAGGUGCAACAUAACGAGUCAGAUAGAGUGCAUACUGUUCUCCACAUCCAGCACUCCACAUGGCCUGACCAUGGUGUGCCAGAUGACAGCAGUACUGUACGGAAGAUUCUAAAAAGAUUAUAUUAUGUUUCUAAAGAGCACCCAGUUGUUGCACAUUGCAGUGCAGGCAUUGGGAGAACUGGUGCUUACAUUACAAUCCAUAAUACAGUAGAGAGGAUAUUACGUGGUGAACAAGCUGCUACAAAUCUUGCGGAAACUGUCGGGAAGUUUAGAUCCCAGAGACCUGGCAUGGUCCAAACAGAGGAGCAAUACAAGUUCUGCUAUCAUGCAAUUGCAGAUGAGCUGAAAGAUCUGAUUAGGAAUUCAAAGCACUGAAGCAUUUCCGGCGGGAUAAGUGCGUGUCCUAUGCAACGGCCUGACGUGUGUGACCAUCUAUCACCUUCUCACUUUCUCAACUUGUAAACCUUAGCCGACAACAUUGUUGUACAUCAUGAAGACUGGAAUUCGUGUUUCAGUAGGAAGCUCCUUCAGCUCUCCCCACCCCUCUUUUCUGCUCAAGAUUUCACCAAUUUGAUCAUGUCGCUGGGUCACAUCCAGAAUCACGUGCGUACCUUGCUAUGCAUCCACCUAUAUUGCUUC